UCUUUGUUCAGCUGGAAUCCCACUGCUAGAAAAGCGGCCAGUAGCAGACCGGUGCACGGAGCUGGAGUUUGGGGCGGUGUGGGCCAGUGAGACGCGACAAACCAGUCUGAAGAGCAGUUCAGGAUUUUCAUGUAGCGGAGGCAUCAGGUGUACUUCUGGCUUUGAGGAAUCAAGCUUCUUGAAAGAGUAAGAAGCAUAAGGGCUAUAGUGGGGCACUGGACAGAGAAGUCCAGCCACGCCACAUCCGGGAACCAAAUAGAGGAGUCCGACUUGGCAAUGCAAGGGACCGAGGAAAGAGGGGGAAGAAAACGGAGAACUCCGUGCACUAGGCCGAAAAGAAACUAACAGUGCUCCUCGGCGAACUGAGCUGAAAGGAGUCCAGCCAGGUAACUUCUCCUUGAGGGCUGGACAGCGAGAUCCGAGUCCAGAUAGGCAGUUUAAGUAAUCAGAGAGGACUGGAAAGAGGGAAAACAGUAGAGAGAGAGAGAGAGACAAUCGGGCCGACUUUACGGGUUGGACAAAGAGCACAAAAAAGUCGGAGCGAGUUCCUGGUUGGGACUUGAUGGAAGAGUAGCCAGACUUAACUGUUGAUUGGUUAGACGCUGGUCCAGUCUGGCCACUUUGCUUCCGGAGCUGUGCAGAGGAUAGAUAAUACAAGGAAUCGGAUGGAUAGGAGACUCAUGACUCCAGAGAGGCUGCUCCAUGAUAAACAGAAAGGAAACCAGUGACACUUACUAAGGAGUAAGAGUAGAGCAGCACGGAGACUCCACAGCAUCGUGGCCAGGAUUAUUUGGAGCAGCAAGCCCCUUUGACACCCUGGUGCUCGGUUACUGUUAAAGGGAACUGUAGUCCUCACAGGAACACAGCAGGCUGUAUGGGAUGGAACCAGGACCAUCAGGAGCCGUGCCUGUGGGGCCGUUGUUGCCUCCACUGCAGCAGGUAUUCCAGGCACCUCGUCGCCCUGGAAUUGGCACAGUGGGGAAGCCCAUCAAGCUGCUUGCCAACUACUUUGAAGUGGACAUCCCCAAGAUGGACGUGUACCAUUAUGAAGUGGACAUCAAGCCUGACAAAUGCCCUCGGCGGGUUAACAGGGAAGUGGUGGAGUACAUGGUGCAGCAUUUUAAGCCCCAGAUCUUUGGAGACAGGAAGCCAGUUUAUGAUGGAAAGAAGAAUAUCUACACAGUCACUGCACUGCCAAUCAGCAAUGAGCGGGUUGACUUUGAGGUAACAAUCCCAGGUGAAGGUAAAGAUCGAAUAUUUAAGGUUUCUAUCAAAUGGAUGGCUAUUGUAAGCUGGCGCAUGCUGCACGAUGCAUUAGUCAGUGGCCGAAUUCAGGUUCCUCUGGAUUCUGUCCAGGCUUUGGAUGUUGCGAUGCGGCACCUGGCAUCUAUGAGGUACACUCCAGUUGGGCGUUCAUUUUUCUCACCACCAGAGGGUUACUACCAUCCUCUAGGAGGAGGCCGUGAGGUUUGGUUUGGCUUCCACCAAUCUGUGAGGCCUGCAAUGUGGAACAUGAUGCUCAAUAUUGACGUCUCAGCCACAGCAUUUUAUAAGGCCCAACCAGUGAUUGAAUUCAUGUGUGAGGUUCUGGAUAUUCGAAACAUUGAUGAGCAGCCCAAGUCCCUGACAGACUCCCAGAGAGUACGCUUUACAAAGGAGAUUAAAGGGCUGAAGGUGGAGGUGACGCACUGUGGACAGAUGAAGCGGAAAUAUCGUGUGUGCAAUGUGACCAGACGUCCAGCCAGUCACCAGACAUUUCCACUACAGCUGGAGAGUGGGCAAACCGUUGAGUGCACAGUAGCUCAAUACUUCAAACAAAAGUACAAUCUGCAGCUAAAAUAUCCUCAUUUGCCCUGUCUGCAGGUGGGACAGGAGCAGAAACACACAUACUUGCCCCUGGAGGUCUGUAACAUUGUUGCCGGGCAGCGGUGUAUCAAGAAACUGACUGAUAAUCAGACAUCAACCAUGAUUAAGGCAACCGCUCGUUCAGCUCCUGACCGGCAAGAAGAGAUCAGCCGGCUGAUGAAGAAUGCCAGCUAUAACCUAGAUCCCUACAUUCAGGAGUUUGGAGUGAAAGUGAAGGAUGAUAUGGCAGAAGUGACGGGUCGAGUGCUUCCAGCACCAAUUCUUCAGUAUGGAGGAAGGAACAGGGCAAUUGCCACUCCAAAUCAGGGUGUUUGGGACAUGAGAGGAAAGCAGUUCUACAAUGGUAUUGAGAUCAAGGUAUGGGCUAUUGCCUGCUUUGCACCACAGAAACAAUGUCGGGAAGAGGUUCUCAAGAAUUUUACAGACCAACUUCGCAAGAUUUCAAAGGAUGCUGGCAUGCCCAUCCAGGGACAACCCUGCUUCUGUAAGUACGCGCAGGGUGCUGAUAGUGUGGAGCCCAUGUUCCGUCACCUGAAAAACACCUAUUCGGGACUGCAACUUAUCAUAGUCAUCCUGCCUGGCAAGACACCUGUGUAUGCGGAGGUCAAGCGGGUUGGAGACACUCUACUUGGGAUGGCCACUCAGUGUGUGCAGGUAAAGAAUGUGGUAAAGACUUCCCCACAGACCCUGUCCAACCUCUGCCUGAAAAUCAAUGUCAAACUGGGUGGAAUUAACAACAUCCUGGUCCCACACCAACGAUCUGCAGUAUUCCAGCAACCUGUCAUUUUUCUCGGAGCUGAUGUAACACACCCCCCAGCAGGUGAUGGGAAGAAGCCUUCCAUAACUGCGGUGGUGGGGAGCAUGGAUGCACAUCCAAGCCGGUACUGUGCCACAGUGCGUGUGCAGCGUCCAAGACAGGAAAUCAUUGAGGAUCUUUCCUAUAUGGUACGUGAGUUGCUGAUCCAGUUCUAUAAGUCCACUCGCUUCAAGCCCACUCGAAUAAUUUUCUACCGUGAUGGAGUCCCAGAAGGACAGCUUCCACAGAUUCUCCAUUAUGAGCUUCUUGCCAUCCGAGAUGCUUGUAUCAAGUUGGAAAAAGACUACCAGCCUGGUAUCACAUAUAUUGUUGUGCAGAAGCGGCAUCAUACACGACUGUUUUGUGCUGACAAGAAUGAGCGGAUUGGAAAAAGUGGCAACAUCCCUGCAGGAACAACUGUGGAUACAAACAUUACUCACCCAUUUGAAUUUGACUUCUACCUGUGCAGUCAUGCGGGGAUACAGGGUACAAGCCGUCCUUCCCAUUAUUAUGUCCUUUGGGAUGAUAACCGCUUCACAGCAGAUGAAUUGCAGAUUCUAACAUAUCAGCUAUGCCACACUUAUGUUCGUUGUACCCGUUCCGUAUCCAUCCCUGCACCUGCCUACUAUGCAAGACUUGUUGCAUUUCGAGCACGAUAUCACCUGGUGGACAAGGAGCAUGACAGUGGUGAAGGCAGUCAUAUCUCUGGACAGAGCAAUGGCCGUGACCCCCAGGCCUUGGCGAAAGCUGUACAGGUGCACCAAGACACUCUAAGGACCAUGUAUUUUGCCUGACCUCUGUGUUCGAAAAUUGCUGUCCCUUGCCCUCAAACUUACUGCCAACUUGUGCUUUUGGCAACCCACAGAUCUCCAGAAAAUGCCAAUUUGUGAAGGAUUUGCACCACGGUGUUCCUACCCUGGACACACUUUUUACAAUUUUAAUAUUUUUAUAUUUACUUCUCGAGUCAUUUUUAUGCAAUAUUGAACAAAUGGAUGCCUGACUGCCAACAUAAGCUGCCUCGACAUUGUCUGAGCCUGAAUUCACUGCGUACCCAGCUGCUCAUUCCCAACCAAUUUGUGAAGAAGGCAGAGGGGCUUGUUUUACUGCAGCAAAGUGUGGCCCUUUUGUUCUGCUUCACCUAGAGGUGAAAGAUACAAGCACUUAGAUUAGAAAGCGUAAGCCUUCCCAGUCUGCACUGAGCUCCAGGAAGUGAAAGCAAUAGGUUAGUUAUAUUAUAGAUGGAAGAGUGCCUGAAUCCAUGCUGCUACAGAAUGGUGUGCAACACCGGGAUGCCCUAGCUGGCACCUACAAAUCCUCGACUGAAGCGCUUUUUACAUUUGAUUGUUAUGAGAGGAUCUGUAAUCUACAUAAUGAUGGAUGCUGGUUGGUGUCCUCCUUGGGUUGCUACUGGAUAUCUUACAAAGUGAUGCCAGAGAUUCUAUCCUUCAGUGCACGUGCUUCUACAAUGUAUUAACUGAGUAGUAUCAAAUUGUGGGCUCAGAGGUUUU